AAUUGUGCGCGCCCAGGAUACAAACACGAUGGGAUCGCCUACGGAAAAUAUGGAAAGUGACGUCAUCAUUGAGAUGAUAGAAAUCUACGUCAACGCCAUCCUCUACAAACGCAAAUUGUACCCGGAAGCCGUGUUUCGGGUGCGUAAAGCGUACAACAUUCCCGUCUACAUUUCUGUCUAUGAAUCGCUGAACUCUUACAUCGCCAAAACCUUGCAAACGGCCCGUGAAUUAAAGCGAAUGCGGAAGUUGCACCGCUUGGCCGUUGUGAUCUUGUCGAAGGAAGCACAACCGCUGGAGCGCUACGUGUUCGAACUGGAACACCGGGGAUUUGUGCUGGAAAGCGAUGAACACAUGAUCAAUUUUGAGGAAGAACUUCGAAAAUCAUUGCUAUCGUUGGAUUCGCGCAUGAAGGACUUGGCACCGUUGCCGGACGCAAAAGAGGCCACGUUCAAGAUCUAUCUGCAGUGCACCGAAUCGGCAUCGGCACACAUUACCGCCCAACCGCGCCUAUCGAGUUUUCCGUUCGUAAGAGUCGACAUUGCCUCCGAGCCAGUGGAAAAGUCCAAAAUCGAGCUGCUGCCCGUUGUGCACACGAAGAAUGUCGGUAUCAGCAUCUUUGUCGAAGAGCAUAAGAGAUGA